GAAGGGGAGGAAAGAGGGUGGGGAGGGGAAGAGGAGGAGCCUGGAGAGUAUUUAUACUCAGAAUGCACCUUGCUCAACCCGAGGAAGAUCGCUGGCUUCACUCUCGCCAGUGCGCAGGCGCCUUCUCUCCCCUCCUUCCCCGACUCCCGCCCUAUUUCGCACAGACGUACUCAGAGGGCCUCCUUGUUACCAUGCCUGAGAAACCCCUACAGUAUUUUAAUGGCUGCCCCUCCCGGCAGGAGGCGCCCUCUGUCCUCGGGAGGUCAUCGAUGGCUCUCCAAGGCAUCCGGGUGUUGGAGUUGGCCGGCCUGGCCCCAGGCCCCCACUGUGGCAUGAUCCUGGCCGAUUUCGGGGCCCAGGUGAUGCGGGUGGACCGGCCCGGCCACCGCGGUGUUACGUGGAUGGCUCGAGGGAAGCGCUCCUUGGCCUUGGACUUGAAGCGGCCUGCAGGGGCGUCCGUGAUGCGCAGGCUCUGUCGCCAGAGUGACGUGUUGCUGGAGCCCUUCCGGCCGGGUGUCAUGGAGAAAAUUGGACUUGGUCCAGAGAUUCUGCAAAAGGAGAAUCCAAGGCUUAUCUAUGCCAGAUUGAGUGGAUUUGGUCAGUUGGGAAGAUUGUCUAAGGCAGCAGGUCAUGAUAUCAAUUUUCUGGCCUUGUCAGGUGUGCUGUCGAAAUUAGGCAGGAGCAGUGAGACUCCUUAUGCACCGCUAAAUCUUCUGGCUGACUUUGGUGGUGGUAGUUUGACAUGUGCAUUGGGCAUUGUGCUGGCUCUUUAUGAACGUACACAGUCUGGUAAAGGUCAGGUCAUUGAUGCAAAUAUGGUAGAAGGAACAGCAUAUCUAAGUUCUUUUCUGUGGCAUUCACAAAAUGCAGGACUCUGGAGCCAGCCUCGAGGAAAGAAUGUAUUAGAUAGUGGAGCACCUUUCUAUGAGACUUACAGGACUUCAGAUGGGAAAUUCAUGGCUGUUGGUGCCAUAGAACCUCAAUUCUAUGCACUGCUGAUUAAUGGACUGGGGUUAAAUUCUGAUGAACUUCCAGAUCAGUUGAGUUUAUCUGAUUGGGAAGAAAUGAAGAAGAAAUUUGCAGAUACUUUUGCAAAGAAGUCACAGGCAGAAUGGUGUAAGAUCUUUGAUGGCACAGAUGCAUGUGUGACUCCUGUUGUGAGUUUGGAGGAAGCUGCCCUUAAUGAACAUAACCGAGAACGGGGCACUUUUAUCACUAAUGAGGAUCAACAUGUGAGCCCUAGACCUGCUCCUUUGCUUUCAAGAACACCAGCUGUUCCCUCUACCAAAAGGGAUCCACUGGAAGGAGAACACACUGAAGAGAUACUUCAAGAAUUUGGAUUUAGCAAGGAAGAGAUUAAUCAACUUACUUUGGAUAAAAUUAUUGAAACAAGCAAACCAAAAGCUCAUCUAUAAACUCAAAAUUAUAGAGCUUAUUAGGUUUGAAGAAUGAAUUUAUGAUACAGGAUGAUAAUUAACACUUUAUACAUGGAGAUUGGAAAUUAGGGUAUUUGUUGGGAUAUCUGAAUCAGGGAAUACCUAGUAACUGAAAAUUUGUUUUGGUUACAGUCACGAUAGAGUUCACUGCAGAUUUUUCCCUGGGAGCUGUUGGCUUAAGAAUAUUGUGUUUUUAGGAAAUUGCUCACAAUAGAUAAUUGUAUAUAAAAGAUGCCUUUUAACUCAUCUUUUGAAUGUAUUUGCUACUCUUAGAACAUGGAAGUGCUUGUAAUGAUUUCAAAUGAAUUAAAAGAAGUCAUUUUGUAAAACAUAAAAAUUGUACUUAAUAAAGUUCAAUGAUGCCUUAAGACAGAGAGGAAACCCCUAGAGAGGAGUCCCAGUCACCCCCAUCUAGUCUAUUUUGUAUCUGAGUCACCUUCCCUCUUUUAGAAGUAACUGAGGGGAAAAAAAGGGGCAGGUAGGUGGCACAGUGGAUAAAGCACCGGCCCUGGAGUCAGGAGUACCUGAGUUCAAAUCCGGCCUCAGACACUUAACAUUUACUAGCUGUGUGACCCUGGGCAAGUCAACCCCAAUUGCCCCACUUAAAAAAAAAAAAACUGAGGGAAAAAAAUUACCAAAUACAUGAAUAUGCAACCCCACCUACCUGCCCAAUGUAAAGAAAGAUACCUCAGGACACUUCUCCACUACCACCCCCAGUGAUUCCUUAAAGACCAAUGCAAAUCCUCCUCUCUGCAGCCUCUUUAUAUCUCUGGCUCCUGAACUCAUCCUUUCUCUCCCUGCGCCACCCCCAGCCCAAUCUGCUUUUGAUGUUUUUUUAAGACUGCUCUUCCAACUUUCCUCCUGACCUUUGUUCAAUAAAAGCUGUAAAGACUAUUAAA